UUAAAAGCCACUCAAAACUCGCGAACGAUUAACUUUAUUCUUCGCGUCUCAAAAUGCUCACCACUCGUAAACCAGAUAUAAGUGAUUCAGCGAUGCCAGUGGGAUUAGAACGGUACUGAUUAUAUAUUGCUUUGAAUUUCAAGUCUGUAUUGGCAGAUUCCCGGAUGUAAACGGAAGGAGGCGUGGCAUGCGGCCACCUGCCUGCAGACUUCUUCUGACCGUGGGCAUCUGGCGGACUGGGCAAGAUAAGCAAGAUGAAGAGGUGUGUGCACCCACCCCCGUGCCUGUGUCAUAAAGUGAACCUGACGGCAUGAAGACACAGUGUGAACACAUCAGAUUUACUGAUGCUUCCAUUUGUUUCACUGAAUUACAGUCCAUUGCCAGUGCAGUAUUUUGCUGACAAGAAUGGUUUUGGAUUGUGCCUUCUAAAGAAGCACCACGUCAAAUAAGAUAAAUGGUGCCAUUUCAGACCGUUGCAGUACUACUAAAGUAAGAUAAUAUUUCUGCCAACAUGCACAGACUGGCCAGCUUUUACAGUGCUCACAGCUCCAGUUGCAUGGCUGUUUUCAUGCAUUCCCGUGUAAAAAAGGCCUUCCUAUUGGUCACAUUGUGUAGAAUGUACAGAGUAAAGCCCCAGUCCAGCCAGCUCACAUUUUCUCAAGUAAAUCAUAUUCUGAAAAGCAAUGAAUACAGCUACAAGGUUCAGGCCUAUGAUGGGAAAAACUUGAGUUCUGUCAUAGGAUUUGAUAGCAACCUCCUGCCAGCUAAUGUUCCAAGUGAGGACAGGAGAAGUGCUGCAACCUGCAUGCAAAGCCGAGGAAUGCUGUUUGGAGUCUUUGAUGGACAUGCAGGCUAUGCCUGUGCCCAGGCAGUCAGUGAAAGACUUCUGUAUUAUAUUGCGGUUUCUUUUUUGCCUGCACAAACUUUGAUUGAUAUUGAGGAGGCAGUGGAGAAAGAGAAGCCUGUCUGUCCCAUUUUGCAGUGGCAUAAGCACCCCAAUGAUUAUGUGAAUACAGAAUCUGGCAAGCUCUAUUUUAAUAGUCUGAGAAACUACUGGCAAGAACUAAUAGACUUGAGUGAUGUGGAGGAAAUGGAUGUUAAAACAGCCCUCAUUCAUGCAUUUAAGAGAUUAGAUCAUGACAUUUCAGUAGAGGCGCAGGUGGACUUUAAUGACCCCUUUUCACACCACACUCCACUGAGGGUGGCAAUCUCUGGUUCAACAGCCUGUAUUGCACAUGUUGAUGGAGUGGACUUACACGUGGCUAACCUUGGAGAUAGCCGGGCUGUGCUUGGGGUCCAGAAUAAUGAUGGCACCUGGUCUGCAUUGACCAUUACCAAUGACCACAAUGCUCAGAACCCAGAUGAAUUAAGAAGAGUUCGAUCUGAGCAUCCCAAGUCAGAAGAGAAGACCAUUGUCAAGCAUGACAGAUUGCUUGGGCUUCUGAUGCCUUUCAGGGCAUUUGGGGAUGUUAAAUUCAAAUGGAGUACUGAGUUGCAGAGCAGAAUCUUUGAAAACAGACCAGAGUUGGUUGCAGGUAAUGAGUAUGCAAAGAUCUUACCUACCAAUUACCAUACACCUCCAUAUCUUACCGCUGAGCCAGAAGUCACUUACCACCGCCUAAGACCCCAGGACAAAUUCCUCAUUUUGGCAACAGAUGGAUUAUGGGAGCAGAUGCACAGGCAAAAUGUUGUGCAGGUCAUAGGUGAGCAUCUCACAGGGAUUCAUCUUCAAAAGCCCCUUUCAGGUCUUUCUUUAACAUUAGGUCAGAUGCAUCAUUUAUUGACAGAGAGAAAGGCAAGAGCUUCAUUAGGACUGGAGGAUAAUAACUCUGCAACUCACCUGAUUCGCCAUGCAAUAGGUAGUGAUGAGUUUGGCACUGUGGAGUACAGCCGGUUGCUAAAGAUGCUGAGUUUGCCUCAAGAGCUGGCAAGGAUGUAUAGGGAUGACAUGACAAUUACAAUUGUACAGUUCAACUCUCACAUCAUAGAGGCUUAUUACAAAGAGACCACGUACAGUAGUCUUGCAUAAUUCUAUGGGCUAGUUGUUUGAGUUAGGAAUACAUUUACAUUUAUUUGCUUGGCAGGUGCUUUUAUUCAAAGCGGCUUACAAAGGAUGUAAACAUAAUCGUGUAAUACUUUGAAUACAUUGGAAAUACUUUGUGGAAUUGCAUUCUGGGAUUGUUACACUACCUACAGCUGGUUGAUCCUGUUUAAAAGAAUUGGAAAUUUCUCAAAAUCUUACUCUGUUGGAAGUAAUUUAAAAAAAUUACAGUACCUUUCCAAGGUAAAAUGCCUAUAGGUUUUUAUACCAGAUAAAUUAAAUGAAAAAUGUGCAAAUCUAGGCAUUUGGAGCUUGACAUGUUAAAAAAAAAACACUGAUUUGCAGAGUUUUGACAAAGUUUACAGACAGUACAGAUGCAUAAAUCUUGCUUUAGCCAUUCUAAACUAAUAUUAAAAAAUAGUUUCUUUUUUAAUUUACGUAAACACCUUUUUCCAUACUACACAGGUUUAAAGUGUUGUUUUCAGUUCAGUUAUCUUUAUUUCUUUAUAGCUGAAGAUAAGAUCAAAAGCAUUUACACAGAUAUUUAAAUACAAAAUUAUAAUAAAAAGGUAUAUAGAUGUAGAACGGUGACAUAGCUAAGUACCUAUCCAUUUCAAUUACUAUAAAUAGAGGGAUCAGUAAAGAUUAGGUAAAUGUUGCCACCAGGGGAUCCAGACAAGUUGCAGUGAAAAAGAGGAGAACCAGUUAACAACACUCUUGUAAUAAUGUAUCUCUGGUGGGUCCAAGGUAAAAUAAAAAGUAAAUGAAACUUUGCGAGAGACAGCCUAGUGGACCACCCUUCACCUCUUCUGGCCUUCCUACAGUAUUUAUCAUGAUGUGAACGAGCCCCGGACACAGACAGGUAGACAUGUUGUAAUUCCACCACCACACAUUUAUUUACAAUAUUUACAGUUCA